UAAUCCCCAUGUGGGCUAUAUGGUUCCUAAGAAUCGCCACACUCCAGAAGAAGUUGACUGUCUGCCCAGUGAAGGACUUGGAACUAUGGAGGAGCUACUACUACUGCCCACUGAAGGCGAGGAGACACGCUCCAACAAUAGCUCGUAUUCUCCAAGAGGAGAAACCAUGUACGAACGUGUCAAUACAUUUCUCCACAGGGCUUUUGUUGAUGACUUGAAACAGUGGUUAAGGGGCUACCUGAAGCGCAACGGCUUGCUGACGCUCUCGGUUUUUGCCGUGUUGAUGGGCUGUGUCCUGGGGGCUGUGUUGAGAGGGAGCCAUCUCUCUACCCAGGCUAAGAUAUAUUUCUCGUUCCCUGGAGAGCUUCUCAUGAGAAUGCUCAAAAUGCUUAUCCUUCCCCUCAUCACAUCCAGUUUAAUGUCAGGCCUGUCGUCCAUGGAGCCCAAAGCAUGUUGUCGUAUGGGUGUUCUCACUGUGACCUACUACCUGUGGACCACUUUCAUUGCGGUGGUGGUGGGUAUCCUGCUGGUGAUCAUCAUCAAGCCCGGGGUGGGUACUGAGAUGGACAGCAACAGGCUAGGAGGAGGGCCCGUCAUGACUUCUGCUGAUGCCUUGCUAGAUCUCAUCAGGAAUAUGGUUCCUUCCAAUCUUAUUGAGGCGACAUUUCAGCAGUACAAAACAGAUCUGAUUCCUAUCCUGAAAGUCUCCAGGGUCACAGUGCAGCCCAACUUUGUGUACGUCAUGCCUGACGAAAGUGACCCCAGUGGUCGGACGGUGUUCCUGGAGCUCACUCCACCCCCUGAGAUCCACUACAAGACCAGCCCUGGCAACAGCCAACAGAUGAAUGUGCUGGGGAUCGUCAUCUUCUCUGCCACCAUGGGGCUGUUGCUGGGGAAAAUGGGCGAGAGAGGAGCACCACUAGUCAACGUGUGUCAGUGCGUCAACGAAUGUGUCAUGAAAAUCAUCACGACUGCUGUUUGGUAUUUUCCAUUUGGGAUCAUAUUCCUCGUAGCUGGAAAAAUCCUGGACAUGCAGGACCCAUCUAAUCUUGGGAAGAAGCUGGGCUGGUACACCAUCACUGUUCUGGCCGGGCUGUUUGUCCACGGCCUCAUCCUCCUCCCCUUCUUCUACCUUGUCCUGACUCGGAAAAACCCCUUCACUUACAUCAGAGGCCUGCUACAAGCCUUGGUCAUAGCACUGGCCACCUCCUCAAGUUCUGCCACUCUGCCCAUCACUAUGAAGUGCUUGCUGGAGAACUGCAAUGUGGAUCGGCAGAUAGCACGCUUCGUGCUGCCUGUGGGGGCCACCAUCAACAUGGAUGGAACAGCUCUUUAUGAGGCCGUGGCGACCAUCUUUAUCGCCCAGGUCAACGAUUAUGAGCUGGACUUUGGCCAGCUGGUCACCAUUAGUAUAACAGCUACAGCUGCCAGCAUAGGUGCUGCUGGGAUUCCCCAGGCCGGCCUCGUUACCAUGGUGAUUGUCCUGACAUCAGUGGGUCUGCCGCCUGAUGACAUCACUCUCAUUGUGGCCAUCGACUGGGUGCUGGACCGAUUCCGAACCAUGAUCAACGUGCUUGGAGAUGCCCUGGCAGCAGGAAUCAUUGGCCACUUAUGUCAGAAAGACUUUCCUCUCGGUGGUAGUGGCAAGUCACAGCCUUCAUAUGGCACACAGAACAAACACAACUUGCACGACAUGCAGAAUGGCAUGCCUCUGACCGAGCUGCCUCUGUACAAGCAAGACUGCUGUUAUGAGGUGAUGGAGGACACAGUCAACGAGAGCCCCACUAUAUACUACAAUAUCUGUCAAGUUUAACUCCUGCGAACACGCAAACCUCAAAUGCUGGACGUUUUUGGAGUACUUUUCCCCCAACUGUGCCAUGAAACAGUACUGAACUGCUGUCACCUACCCAAUGUUUUGUGACUGAACAUUUAGUUCCGCUUUGAUGGUGACACGCUGUAAAGGACAAAUCUGUGUUUUCCACAAAUCUGUUAUUAAAAAAAAAAAACAUUGAGUUAAGAAUUGCCCCAUUGUACCACUACCAUCUUGUCUAUGUGGUAUUGACUAUGGCUUUUAACUCAGCUCGUCCAACAUCAAGUGGAUUCCCUGGAUGUUUUAUUUAAUUUAUUAUGGUUCUCUACUGAACUGUUCCUUAUCAUGAUCCAUGUAUUAAUAACUGCAUGCAUUUUGAACAACUUCAUUGGAUGUUAUGUGCGUUAUUGAUCUGUUUGACAAGCAUAGGAAGUACUGUCGGGUCAUAUUGUACAUUCUGGGUCAAUUGCAAUGAACUCAUAUUAAACUCAACUUCAUCUUCC